AGGGAUUAAUGCACCGAACAUGAUUAUGAAUCUAAUUAAUGUAUGAGUCCAAUUAUAGAACUAUAACAGAAGAAAACUAUAUUACAUCUAAUAAUAGCUUCCUUUGAUGCAUGGUAGAAAACUCGCAUCAUAUACAAAUUGCAUUCCAUUCCCCACUCUCCAUUCAUAGCUCUCCCUUUCCGGGAGCUACACCCUACCCUCUAACCAUUCAUUCAAUCAUUCCAAAUUCACCAGCAAUGCCGACCGCUACAUCGCAAUGUCGAAUCCUAAUCGCAACCAUCAUUGUCUCCUCGGUUCUCGUGCUCUCGGCCUCCGCCACCUCGUUGGCGGAGCUCACGGCUACGCUCGACAGAAUUCGCCCAAGAGUUUCUUCGGCUUACGGACACAGGCAGUAUCAUCAUCAUCGCGCGAAGAAGUUUUCUAGAGCGAAAAUGGCGCGUCAAUUCGUGACGGGCCACAACGCUGUCAGGUCAGUCUUCGGAGUGCAGCCCCUGAAAUGGAAUAAAAAGCUGGCUAGAUAUGCGCGGAGGUGGGCGAAUCAGCGGGCAAACGACUGCGCAUUGCAGCAUUCUCCCGACAGCCCGUACGGGGAGAAUUUGUUCUGGAGUUUGAAAGGGAACUGGGGACCUAAGGCAGUAGUGAAGAUUUGGGCAGAUGAAUACAUAUUUUAUGACCCGAAACAAAAUGUAUGCAUCAACGGGGAAAUGUGCGGACAUUACACCCAGGUGGUGUGGAAGCAGACAACAGAGGUCGGGUGCGGAAGAGUUAAAUGUCGGAACAACAAAGGGUUCCUGUAUGUUUGCUCGUAUGAUCCUCCUGGUAAUAUUUACUUUCAGGGUCCUUUCGGGGGUCGUUUUAGCAAAUGUAUAGUCAAUCCUCCUUCUGGGCCAUAGCUUUUCUCAACUCUAAUUCUUAGAUUCUGAUAUAUGUAUGUAAUCAUCAAUUAUUGGCUUGGCUAGGCAACUUAUAUAAUUCUGAGUCUUGAGUAAAUAAUUACGCAGAGUUCCAAAUACAUAUAUAUACAUACACUAUAUGAUCUAUUGCAGCAUGUGAUAUAUAUAAAUUCACUUUUCAUUUA